AUCACUCUCUCGCGGCGAUGCGACGCCGUCGUCCAAGAGGCUCGAAAGCGAAAAAAAAAACGUGGCGAAUACCUCGGUGCCAUCAGCCCGUGAAACACGGAACACCGGCGGAGAGCCUCGAUUAGGGGAAAAAGGAGUCGAUGAGAGACGAUUCUCAAGUGUCGAUGAUCUCCUCGACCGCGGAACGUCGAUUGACUAGAUCCUUGUGCAUUUACGACACGUGCGGGUUUCUCGGACACAGGAAACCGUUCGUAUCCACGCUAUUUUUAUUUCGUUUACCCUAUAAUGCUCGACUGGAUCCGCGGCGAUAUCUGCAAGCCUAUAAUAUAUCAUCGGCAAGUUUCACGAUGUCCAGGUACCUCGGUCUGAUCCUCGUUAUCACGAGCUGCGGCCACGUGUACGGCGCCAAGAAAUGCGAAGGGAACGGGCUGGGUCUGAAGUACGCCUGGGGGGACGCGCUCACCGACCCGAUGGACUGCAUAGGCCCGAAUAACCAGCAGUAUCCGUCCGCCGUGAUAUCGAGAAGCGCGAAGAACCUGUGGGCGGGAGGCAGGACGGCCAGGUACCAUCAGCCGAGGACGAUCGAUCCCGAAUCAACCAGGCAGACGCUACUGCACAACUACAAGGUCGCGCGCGGAGACUAUUCCAUGGCGAUGGAGAGCUCUCGGAACGGACGAGCGUUUUCUUCGAAAGAGUCCUGCGGCUCUCCGGCCAGAUUAUGCAAAACGAGGUACAACACCACGGCCCCCAUGUACGGGGUCAGCCUGACCAGCGGCCAGCCGGUGACCAUCGUCCAGAAGUUCCCCGAUCUGCUGCAGCAGGUCGUGUUCGAGGUCUGCGAGUCGAAAGAGUGCGACGUGGUCCACGGCGAGUGCACGCAGACCUACGUGCCUUACCUGUUUCUGGUGAUACCGCUGGGACCGGUGACCCUGACCGGUCAAGAUUACGUUCUGGUCGAGAGCGGUUGCGUCUGCAAGCCGAGGAAUUCGGCGAGCGCCACGUCGGAGCCUCCGGCCGUCCCAAGCUUUUAAACGUUCGUCGAACUCGAGGUGGCCGGCAUCGAGACAUAAAGAUCCUCAGGAGCGGAAAGAUCUCUCGAUCGCCGCGGGACGAGUCGGCUCGCGCCGCCUCGGACCGCUUCGGACUGCGAUGAAUCGGUGGCUGGUGACCCCGAGCUCCGACAACCUCGCCGAGGGACCUAGUAACCUCUUUGGAGCCAGCUCGACCGCCGAGAGAGACCAGUACUUAAGCUGAUAGAGAAUGAUUUCUCGGGAGAGAUCGAGAAAAUCGAAGACUCCUCUUCUGGCUCCGAGUACGCUGCUUUCCUUCCGCGACCGAACGGAGGCAGGGGCCACUUUUACCUUGGAUCGAACGACCUCCCUUUUUUGGUCCAGGGUGACACGAUUUGCCGGAGAUCAUGCUCCCGGCGACCCGCCAUCGCGGAAGAUCCACUUCCGUCCGGAAGACUCGCGACGACGACGAUCUUCGCGUAUCUCUGGACACUCGCCGAUCUGCGCACUAUUCAAACGACAAAAAAAAAAGAAAUCAGCGGUUCACGGCCGAAAGGCGACGCCUCUCGUCGCUCUGCCCUCCUCGAUUUACGACGGGCUGUGGGAGUCGACCCCCGAAACAGAGUUCGAAGAAGUUAUUUCACGGCGAAAAAACGAAUCGGAGCAGUGCGCGAUGGCGGUCGUUUCGCGGAAUCCGGUCUCGGAAUUCGAUCGAGUUCACUAGACCUGGCUCCGCGAGCCGGUUUCGAGCAGGUGGUACAGACCGCUUCGUAACAACGUUCCGCGGGCAGCACCGGCUGGCGGUUAUUCUUUCCAGGAGAGUCAUAAAGUUAUAUCAUUCCCCUCGACUGGACCGUAACGAGCCGGAAACCCUGUUAAUGCCUUCUCCGAUUCUCGAACCGCUUAGCACCGUGAUGCUAUCUCCGGUUCAUAUUUUAUUCGGCCGUUACCUCGGCUCAUUCCACUCCGCAUACCCUGGCAAACAAACAUCUUCGGGAACGGAACGUCCUCUACUCGAAUGCCGCAGGCGUCACGGAAUGUCCGGUUGUUCUCGUAGAAACGAAACGUGUCUUUGACCCCUCGCGUCGAUGAUUCAGACGUUUUGAUACUCUUUCGUCCUAGAAAGUCGCGUGUGACCAAUCUCGGAACUGUGUCUCGGAGUCAACGGACACGCGUCGUCGUUCGCCGACGCGUCCGGCGAGGAAUCGUCUCGAGGAAACAUACGAAUUCAACGAACGUUCAUUUCGCUUUGUAGCGCGCCCAUAUCGGUAUGCAUUUUCGUCACGGCUAAUCGACGUCUAAGAAUGCCGAGAUCGAUAAGCCGGGCUUGGUCGAACGGCGAAGCAUCGGUGUGAAAAAAAAACGAGACACCCUGCUCCCGUCUGCUCGCCGGUGGAUCGUUCUUGUUUCACCGACGAUCGAGUGACUCGACUGGCCCGCUUAUGGUUCUCGGAACCGGACCCCGAAGGACUCGAUGUCGGAAUCGUAGCGACGCGACGAACAGGAUGGACGUGCAGUCGUAGUACGAAUGGACCGUACCAUGAAUUCCGAUGAGUAUAAUGUACCGUUAGCCGCUUUGCGGGACCCUUCACCUCGAUUUACUUCGCUCGGUGAUUUCAUAGACGAGAUCCUUUCAGCGCGGCGCCCCAAAAGCGGCGCCGGCUCGCGCGUUUCCCGCUCAUUCAUGCCGCCUGUCCGCGCCACUUAUCGCGAACAACCGUUCGCGAGCUUGUUCCUUUUUUUUUUUCGAAUCGAGGAUCUAUGAUUUAUGGGGCGAUCCUAACCGUACCGCUGGCUCUCGGUGAUCGUUAAGCGCGCGUCUGCAUAGAAAGCGUCGUUUUCUCUACCGGUCUCGAGCAUUCGCUAAAUUUUUGCCCGUUAAUUAUCUUCUCGAGAAAGCACAGCACGACUGUAGGCCACCGGACGAGAUUGACGGAAUACCGGUUGACAAGUACGCAGAUCGGUACUAUGGUCGGGGAUGGGGAGGGCGAUGGGAAUUCGCGCGUGGAUGUUCUGUGCCAGUGCCGUUACCGAGAAAGUGAUAACAAGAGAAACGGCCCGAGCGCAUCGGAGUCACUUUUCCACGUGCUGGGCAGACGACACACGGCUCGAAGAAUGAGAAUAGGUUGUAAGGAAACCGUCGCGAGACGGUUUCUCGAUGACCGGGUGCGUCGACGAAACGCUGAGGAGCGCUUGGAACGAUGUGUCCGCGCGCGGUGAGUUCAACGCGCGGGACGCGCCGUGGUUUUUGCCCAUUGAACAGAAAAGCAUAAAACGAACGAUACUUCCAUACCGCAUGUCAUCUUUUGUAUCUAUAGCUGUAAUGUGCAAACAUGUAUUUAUAAUUUAUUAUUAGAUUACGAUGUAUUGUGAGAA